CAGGGCUCUGUUCGCCAGUGUUGUUUUUGUUGUUGCUGAAAAAACCAGCAGCUGUUCAAACUAAGUGCAUUUUUUGGUCGGGAAAUAAAAUUAAAAUUUGUUUAUAUUAAAUUUAAUAUAAUUUUAUAAAUAAAAAUUCUUUCCAAAAAACAAAAAAUAAUGGCUGAAAGUCAAGAAAAUAGUGUAGAAAAUGUUACAACAAGUACAAACAAAGAAUUAAAUGGUGAAACACAAGAGAGAAAACGUAUUGCGCUAAUAACCGGCAUAACGGGACAGGAUGGCUCUUAUCUGGCAGAGUUUUUGUUGAAAAAAGGCUAUGAAGUUCAUGGCAUUAUUCGGAGAGCUAGUACCUUCAAUACCUCACGUAUAGAACAUUUAUAUGCCGAUCCACAGGCCCACAAAGGUGGAUUUAUGAAAUUACACUAUGGUGACAUGACCGAUAGCAGCAGUUUAGUGAAAAUUAUUAAUAUGGUUAAACCGGAAGAAAUUUAUAAUCUGGCGGCUCAAUCCCAUGUUAAGGUAUCGUUUGAUCUUAGUGAAUAUACCGCGGAAGUGGAUGCCGUUGGUACACUACGUAUAUUGGAUGCCAUACGCACCUGUGGCAUGGAGAAUAAAGUGAAAUUCUAUCAAGCAUCUACCUCAGAGUUAUAUGGCAAGGUAGUGGAAACACCACAAAAUGAACAGACACCAUUUUAUCCCAGAUCUCCAUAUGCCUGCGCCAAAAUGUACGGUUUCUGGAUUGUCAUCAACUAUAGAGAAGCCUACAAUAUGUUUGCCUGCAAUGGCAUACUCUUUAAUCACGAAUCACCACGAAGAGGUGAAAAUUUUGUAACACGCAAAAUUACCCGCUCAGUGGCAAAAAUCUAUCUCAAUCAAUUGGAAUAUUUUGAAUUGGGUAAUUUAGAUUCGAAACGUGAUUGGGGUCAUGCUAUGGAUUAUGUAGAAGCCAUGUGGAUGAUGUUGCAGCAGGAAAAACCCUCAGAUUAUGUCAUUGCCACCGGAGAAACGCAUAGUGUACGUGAAUUUGUUGAGGCCUCAUUUCGUUAUAUAGGACGUCAAAUUGUCUGGCAGGGAGAAGGUGUUGAUGAGGUUGGCAUCGAACAGGAUAGCGGCGUGGUGCGUGUACGAAUAAAUCCCAAAUAUUUCCGUCCCACCGAAGUAGAUCUUUUGUUGGGUGAUGCCUCGAAAGCUAAGCGUGAAUUGAAUUGGUCACCCAAAGUAACAUUUAUGGAAUUGGUCAACGAUAUGAUGGCAGCCGAUAUUGAAUUGAUGAAAAAGAAUCCCAUAGCGUAGAAAUGUUAGAUCAUUAAACAUUUUUAAACAUUUACAAGUGUGUUGUAAGUGUCCUUUAAAUCUGUAUGACUCUUUGCCGAUGUUCUUUUUCUUUUUGUAUACUUUAAAAGCACAAAUAUAUAUAUUUUUUUAAAUUUA